AGAAAAAAGAAAACAAGGACUGUAUUUUCUCGAAGUCAGGUUUUUCAAUUAGAAUCAACAUUUGAUAUGAAGAGAUAUUUGUCGAGUUCGGAACGAGCUGGUUUAGCAGCUUCAUUACAUUUAACAGAAACACAAGUCAAAAUCUGGUUUCAAAAUCGCAGAAAUAAAUGGAAACGACAACUUGCAGCAGAAAUGGAAGCCGCUAAUAUGUCA